AUGCAGAGUUCUAGCUGUGAGCUUCAAAUACUGGAGCAAAAACCAGAGACAUUGCCAGAGCAAACAAGAACAGAAGUACAAAUGGAGAACUGGUCAAAAGCCCAAAGUCAUAUUGAACAUGAGGCCUCAGGGAGAAAUAAAAGCACACAGCCAGAUGAACAACUGACUGAGAAUUCUAAAGGAAGCAAGCAUCAGAAAUGCAAUGAAUUAGUUAACGAAGCCACAUGUGAGGACACACAACUGCCAGAGCAGAAGUCCAGGAAUUUUCCUUAUCCAGGUGGUGAGGCAUCGCACUGCAUUACUGGAAAACCCAACAGUAUGGAGCAUACAAAUAAUGAUUUGCAUUAUGAAUGUAUGAUACCUGGUCAAGUUACUUCAGACUUAGAUAAAGAGAAUACUAUUACAUUUCUUCAAACAGAAUUGGACAUUCUCAGAGCAAGCCAUAAAAAGCUUCAAGAAAAACUUUCUAAAGAAGAUAGAGAACAGAGAAAACUAAAGCUUAAGUUUGAACUCUAUGAGAAAGCAACAGAAGCUCAAAUUGCUGAGAAGACAGCAGCUCUGGUUGAAGAGGUGUAUUUUGCACAAAGGAAACGUGAUGAAGCUAUUAUGUCUCGACUACAAAUAGCCAACGAGGAGAGAGAUGAAGCAAUCGCACGAGCCAACCAUAUGGAAAUGUCUCUAAAACUGCUAGAAAAUAUUAACCCUGAAGAAAAUGACAUGACAUUACAGGAAUUACUGAACAGAAUAAACAAUGCAGACACAGGGAUGGCUAUUGAGAAGAAUGGAGCUAUAAUUGUGGAUAGGAUCUACAAGACCAAGGCCUGUGAAAAGAGAAUAACUGCAGAAGAAAUGAACGCAGUGAUAGAAGAGCGUGAUGCUGCUUUGUCCCAGUGCAAACGGCUGGAGCAAGAGCUUCAUCGUUUGAAAGAGCAGAACCAGACUUCAGCAAACAACACGAGACAUCUGACUGGCGAAAACAAUCAAGAACGUGCUCUGAAGGCAAAGUUGUUAGCCAUGCAACAAGCCAGAGAAACUGCAGUUCAACAGUACAAAAAACUGGAGGAGGAAAUCCAGACACUUCGAGUUUAUUACAGUUUACACAAAUCUUUAUCCCAAGAAGAAAAUCUGAAGGAUCAGUUUAACCAUACCCUUACUACCUAUGAAGAAGCUUUGAAGAAUAGAGAGAACAUUGUUUCCAUCACUCAGCAACAGAACGAGGAGCUGGCUGCCCAACUGCAGCAAGCCCUGGCAGACCGCGCGAGCCUGGAAUCGGAGCUCCGGCUGGCCAUGGAGGCCUCCCAGGCAGCCCAGGACAAGGUGCAGAAGCUGGAGCGGCUGGUGGACGUCCUGAGGAAGAAGGUGGGAGCAGGGCCCGUGAGGACAGUGAUCUGA